AUGGCUGAAAAAGAACUGCCUCCAUUCAGCAGGCAACUCCUUUUAAACAGUCCUCUUCAGAUCGGUGGUAUUUACUGGAAGUUAUUACCUACAGAAAUGCGGAUGUGGAAUGCAAGUCCAACUCCUGCAAAUUUUGAUGGCUGUCUGAGCAACCUAUUUUACAAUGGACAGAUAAAGCAAAGAAAUGUUUAUUUCAAAUAUAAUUUAAACAGUAAAAACAUAGAAGAGAGAUACACCUGUUUGUGUUAUGUAACUGUUGAUGAUGGAAACUGGCAUACUGUUAAGGUUUCACGAUAUGGGUCAUUAUCAACUCUGCAGCUAGAUGAUGGUGAAUUCACACGGUAUAAUCAAACAUCAGUAUUUGAAGGGCAUCAGUGGUUGGUAAUUGAUAAACAGGAAGGAAUCCAUGCUGGUGGGAAAGCUGAAUACACAGGCAUGGACACUUUAGAAAUUUAUGCUGAUUUUAAGAAUGGUUGUGUAGAUGAUGUGAGAUUAGAUGGCAGAGCCCUUCCAUUGCCUCCAGCAUCCAAUGUGACACAGUGGGGACAAGUAACAAUGGCUCUUAAUCUUGAGCAUGGUUGUGGAUUUUCCUCUGGUUGCAACUUCAUAAUUUGUACAGAACCAGUGAAGUGUAGCGAUAAACUGAAGCAAACUAAUUGCAUGUGCAGUGAUGAAAAAGUACUGGCUACCAAAAGUAAAGACUGUGCUACAGAGACCUGUGAAAGAAAGUCGUGCAUUGGUUCAGAUGAAUGCUUGUACCAGAACACAAAAUUUCACUACAAUUGUCAGUGUCCAGAUGGUGAAACAGGCAUGAACUGCAAGUUUUUGGGAGACAAAUCUGCCUUCAGUCUCACGGCCUGGAGUUUGACAGCCUUGUUACUAAUCAGUGUCUUAAUUCUUGUUUUGGCUACUAGUCUAAUUAGUUACAAGUAUUUCUUCAGCAUCCAUAGGAGAACUGAGGUUAAAGAUGACAUCCAAGAAAAUGUAAUGAAUUACGCUGAUAAAGCAGGAAGUGGGAAUGGUGGGACAUCUGGCAUAAAGCCAGAGAAAACAUCUAUUAAUGAAACUGAGGCAUCAGUUUCCAUGGAACUACAUGACUUGAAAGGAAGUUCUGGACCAGACACGAAAUACUUGAUGGAACACAAAAACAAAAUUGACACUGAUUUGCUUUCUGAAAACAGAGAUGAACUGAAUGUGUAUAUUUAUGAAGGUGGUGGAACAGCAGCUAGUUCUUUUUCAUCUUUGUGUGCAGGUUUUCAGGAAAAAGAACCUGAUACUGUGAAUUUUGCACAGAGGGGAUCAUUUUGCAUUUUAUUGGAGAAACAGUGCCAGACAGAAUUGUAACAGUUGUAUUGAUAUUUACAGAUUUCUCACACAAAUCAGGUUUCAUUACGUUUUGUGAAUAUAAAUGUGCACAAAAUUCUAGAGCUUCUAUACUGUAAGUAUACUACUUCUCAGGGGAAGGAUCUAACAAUCCCUAUCUUCAAAGUACCAGGAACAUACCAAGUGCCUAACAGAUAAUAUUUCAAACCACAGCUGACUAAACAGAAAUAGUAUGUAUGACUUGCACUAAUUAUUGAGAAUUUUCUAUCCGCAACAUUUUGCAUAUUUUUGAUUGUAUCAGUGUACUAAGAAUACAAAAUAUAAGUUAAUGAGUGGAAGAAUUA